UCCGAGGAGGAGGAGUGCUUCCCCGUUGGCAUGGUGCACGCGAAAAAGCCAAACGAAACGUAAAUUUUCCAGGCGAACUCCUCGCUGCCAUCGCGGAGUCCGUUCAGAACUAUUGCUUGCGCUGGUCGACAUCUGCGUAGUUUUCCCGUUUUUCCUUGGCAAACUAGAACGCACGACCACUGGCCAGCGGUGAGCUUCAAAUUUCGCCAUGAGUUUGCUUCUGAGGCGACGGUCGCGCAGCGAGACGCGUCCCCAGGAGAUUGCGGCGGCGGAGAGGGCCAAGCAGCCGGAGUCGGAGAAGCCAGACAGGCAGCAGCACCAGCAGCAGCAGCAGCAGGCGAAGCACCACCAGAUGCGCCAGCCCCAUCCCCAUGCCAGUGAGCAGAACCUGACCAAGCUGGGCCUGGUUUCCAGUGGCUCCAGUGGCAUGGGCAGGCGCAAGACAUCCGCCGAGCUGAUCAGCGAGGCCAAGCUGUUCCUCGGGGAGUCCGUGAACGCGGCGCCUCUGAUGGCCACCGGCGGUGCCCGCUUGGUCAGCACCCGACGACCCAUCACGCCACGCGAAUCCGGAAGGGUUCUCUACGGCAAAGUGGCCCUGGCCGGCAGGCCACCAAGUGCUUUUUCCAUGCGGUAUCUGCAGAACGAGAAGCCCUCCACGCCCCGCCAGCUGCCUGCUUUGCCUGGCUCUGGUCCCGCCACGCCCAUGCCCACCAGAAACGGAGCUCUGCUCUGCCAGUCCAGCACAGAAACGCUGAUUGAGCUGCUCAAGCAGCACCGCGGCCUCAAGGACUGCAGCGAUGAGACAGUGCAGCACAUCAAUGCGAUCCUCCAGGAGCUGUACACGCGCGUGAGAAAGCAGGAGCGCAGCUUCAAGCGUGGCUUCAUCCUGGGCGGUCUCUACGGAUUGGUGGAAUGCAGUUCGCCACGCGUUCUCCUAGCUGUGGCUCGCGUGGUCUUGGCUCUGCGGGUCACGGGCAGCAAUCUGACGGGCGCCUGCAAGCUGAUCUUCAAGGUGGCCAGGCACGAGCAACACGAUGCCCUGUUCCACGAGCACGAUGUGCUGGAGUUGCUGAUCGAUGGCCUGGGCCACGCCUCGCCGCUGGACGAGCCGGAGGCCUGCAUCUACGCCUACGGCUGCAUCCGCUUCCUCACCGCCAGCAGUGCCCAGGAGCGCGACGACGCCCUCAACCGCAACUGGAUUGGUUUGGAGAGCUCCGGCGACAGCCAGGCGCUGCCCCCUCCUGCUCCAAUGCCGCCGGCGCUGUCGGCCAUAUCGGCUGGCCUGUGUCCCAGGAAACUGACGGGCCAGCAAACGCUGGUGUCCCGCCUGGCGCGUCACGGCGCCGUGGAGCUGAUGAUUCUGCACCUGCAGAUGCUGAACGAGGCGGGGGCCACCAAGCGGCUGCAGGGGCCGCCGCUUCACACGCUCUAUCAGCUGUCGGCCGCCAUGAGAGCUCUGGCGGAUGUUUCCCAGCAGCAGCAGCGCCUGCAGCUCCAGUUGCAGCUGGCCUGUCCGCAUCUCAUCCGGGCCGCCGAGGUUUCCAUGGGCGAACUGGAGGUGCAGGCCAAUGUGGUGCGCACGCUGAGCGUUCUCUCCGAGGACUCCGAUUGCUGCGAAACGCUGCACAACUAUGCCGCCAGGAUUGGCCUGCUCCUGGGUCCAUCCUGCGCCGGUGGUGGCCAGUGCAGUGAGCGCCUCCUGGCCGUGCUCAGUCGCCUGGGCUACAUGCUGGGCAACAUACUGGCCAAGCACGAGUCGGCGCGCAUACAGUACUUUCAAAACGAUGUGGCCAUGGAGUAUCUGCUGAACGUCCUGGAGCAGCUCAACGAACGCUCACCCACCAGCGUGGCCCUGCUGGAUGCCCAGAUCAAGUUGAUACGCGUGGUGGCCAACAUGAGUGUGAAUCCCGAGGUGGGCGCUGGCCUGGGCAAUGUGCGUUCGCUGGGCGCCGUUCUGCUGCAGCUCUUGGGCAAAACCAGCGCGGAGUUGGCGCAGAAGAAGACGGCGGAACAACAGGAGCUGCUGCACGCCACCCUGGGAGCGCUGCACAAUCUGUGCUUCUAUCAGGACAAGCAGGCGGUGGUGCAUCCACUGGCCGAGGGAUCCCUGCAGAGUCUGAUCGACGACUUGUCCGCCUCGCUGGCCAAGGUUUUGGGCAGCUGCCAGACGUCGGUGACCAAGGUGGAGUUGGCCCGCGUGCUGGGCAAUCUCACGCGGAACGAGCGGGCGCGUCGCUGUUUCUGUGCAGCCGGCGGAUUGCCUCUGAUGGUGCAGCAGCUGACGAAGCAGGCGGCUGGCCAGGAUUACGAACUGCGCACCUGUGCCAUCGGGGUCCUGGUCAAUCUGCUGGGCGAUGGCGAACAGCGGGGUCCUUUCCUGCAGCUGCGGGGGGCCGAACUGCUGUCCCUACUGCUGCGCGGAGCCCUGGAGCAGGAGGACUGGUUCCUGGCCAACAUAGUUUGCCAGGCCCUGUGGAACCUCCUCAUCGACGGACAGUGCGCGGCCAAUCUCUGCCAGAGCGGCAACAUACUCGACGAGGUGAGCGAUUUACUGGCCGAUUAUCUCGAUGAGGAGCGAUUACUGACCGGCGAUAACGAUAACGACAACGAUGAGGAUGAUCCGGAGGGGGAACAGGAGGAGGUGGAUGCCACGGAUGCGGAAACGGAUCCGGAUCCCGAAGCCCACGAUGCUCUGUGGGAGGACUUCGCCCUGGUGGCCACCGAUCUGCUGGAGCGCAUCCAAAACAACUUCGAUAGGCAGCAGCAAUCGCAGACAUCGCCGCAGGUUGAUAACGAGGACGAUAAGGACGUGUUUAUCGAGGAAAUGUAGUAGCUGCUCGUCCGCUAGUUUAUAGUAUUUCUAUGUGUUUACCUAUCUAUUAUUCGAUAAAUAUCUCUAACCAAGUAAUCAGAGCCAAUUAAAAAUGUUUCAAAAUA